GUGCGCUGUGUCCCUCGGACACAGCGGAUCACUGAUCACGGAAAGAGCCGAAGAUGUCGGCUUGGUCAUGUGAUCAGCUGUGUCCAAUCACAGCUGAUCACAUGGGACAUGUACACUGAUCAUCAGGGCACUGAUGAUCAGUGUGCCCUGAUGAUCAGUGUAGCCCCAGCAGUGCCACCUGUCAGUGUCCAUCAGUGCCUUACGUCAGUGCUCAUCAGUGCCUCGUGCCAGUGCCCAUCAGUGCCACAUAUCAGUGCCUACCAGUGCACAUCAAUGCCACAUAUCAGUGCCCAUCUGAGCUGCCUUUCAGUGUCAUCCAUCAGUGCCAGUCAGUGCCACCUAUCAAUGCCAAUCAGUGCCACCUAUCAGUGCCAGUCAGUGCCGCCUAUCAAUGCCAAUCAGUGCCACCUAUCAGUGCUGCCAAUCUGUGCCACCUAUCAGUGCCAGUCAGUGCUGCUUAUUAGUGCGCAUCAG